CAUCGUCUGCCGGAUCUUGAUUGUGAUUGUAAAGUGAUAAUCUACAUAACUACUUGGUAUUAUCAUUUUCGCUUUAGUGGUCACGGGUCGAGUGCAGAAUUGUCAGAUGUGAUGGGUCAAAGUAUUAGUAGUGAUCUUGAUGCUGUUGACAAUCUGCCUGAUGAUAUUUUCCGUCAAGCAAGGCAUUUGUCGGAAGUAGCUACGCUCACCUAUGAAGAAUUCCUGGAAUAUAUCAAAGAGUUAAAUGAGCUGUGUCAGAAGUGGACGGACUCUGAAGGUAAACAGCUGGUGUUUGCUGUCAAGGAAGGAUCUGACUCAACAGUACUGUGGAAAGGGAUUGUCAGAAUAGCUUGUGCCAAGGUCGACCCCACCACCAGCAAAGUGGAAACCUACCGUCUUAUGAACCUCAAUCAGUUUUUAAAAGUGUACAAGUCCAUCAGCAGCCAGUGUGCGGCUGCAGCAGAUCAGCAGGCUGGCAGCAGCAGUGCUGACGUCAAGCAGUUGACAACCUCAGCAGUGCUACGUCACGUCGCAGCCACCAACGAUGCUGACAGCACAACUGAGUGCUGUAUCUGUCUGGAGAGACGGCCUGACAUGCUCCUGCCUUGCGCUCACGCUUACUGCAGACCUUGCAUCGAACAAUGGUCUGUCAACCACCAGACAUGUCCCAUCUGUAGAGAGGUGGCCAGCAAUGAGGACGCCUGGGUGAUGAGUGAGGCACCCAACUCACUAGAGGUCAGUGAGGAGAUCUGCUCUACACUCAUGGAGUUGGUCGAGCGUCAGCAGAGCACUGACACUGACACUAGCAAUGAUGUCAUCUCUGAGUAGGUUGUGAACUAAAUCCAGAAUUGAUAUUUAUAUGAUACAAAUCCUCGGUCUGUAAACUCUUACGGUACUAGAAAUUAUUCUACUCAAUUCCACAAGCAGAGAUUUCCAAGCUAUGUAUUUCAAAUGGUAUUCAAUCAUACAACAGUGAUACUAACUGUGCUAAAGUCAGUAGCUUUUUGAUGGUUCGAAACUGGACCCAGCUGUUCCUGAUCAUUGGGCUUUAAAUAAAUGAUCCUGACUAAUGAAACUGCUGAUCUUAGUCAGUAACAAAGCUACACAGGUCAUCACACUCUAUUCUACACUCAUCCUUCACACGUAUUUGGGUUAAAAUACGCACCUAGGUGUCGUCCCCAUCUCAAUGAUUGAUAUUGAUAUUGAUUGAUAAAACAAGGAGGACAAUUGACAAUGUUAUGUUUUUUAGUAGGCCUAAUGUUAAUGAGACGACUAUCUCCCAUAACUGUACUGCACAGCGAAUGUUAACUGAAUUACUGUAGUGGUAGCUACAGAGUGCUAGUGAAGCUUUGGGUUCUGAAAAACCAAUACCAGAAACAGAACCGAGAAACGUUGUCAUACUGCUGCAUUUAAUGGCCACAACUAACGCAUAGGUAUAAUAAUUCAUAAAAUUUGCCAAAUUAUUUUUGUUGAGUUAAAGAUGUAAAAAUAACAUUAAUUACUUUCCCUUCAAUCCAUUGUGAUCCAAAAGACAAUUUUUAGGUUAUCUUAAGAGGUCAGAUGGGCAGCUGUGUGCAGUAGCUCCGAUGAAUUUGGUCUCCAUUCGGAUGGCCCGAAGUACUGCCCAGCAUAAACAUUCUUAAACUCAGAAAAUGCCAUCAGCUCAACUCUGACCAGAAAACAUCUUUUCCCACCAAAAUAUCUUGCGAUAUCUGCUGGGUGGUGAUAUCUAGUCAGUACCAUUGAAUCUAAAAUAUUUCCGAGCUGUUAGGAAAAAGCUGUAUUAACAGAGAAUCAGUGGUCCUGGUCAAUUGAUGGCUGUUGAAACAAUUUUGUGCUGUUUAAGGCUCAGGAUGAAUAAUUAUUAUAUUCUGUAUAGUGUAUAUGCAAAUCAAAAUAUCCUUAGAAGGUUUGCUUGAAGCACAAUAAAUGUACUGAGUUAAGGAAUGUCUUUACUAGGUUUACCAAAGGUAGUUAAAACAUAAUUCUAUACAAUGGCUGUGCAACAAAAUAUCCUGAUCAUUCCUGAUGUCGUAGAUUAGUUUGGUUUAGAGUAAGUUUAAGUUAUGAUUAGUAACAUAAAGCUUAGUUUCCAAUAUUGCCAAUUUGCUAGACAUAAAAACACAAAGUGAUGAUUUUGAAAAUAAAAUUAUUUUCAUCACCAACAACAAUCUCUACAAUCGGUUUUGCUGCCUGUAAAUAAGGUAGCGUUAUUAAAUUUACCUACGACUGUAUUUUUAAACUAUCCGCUUCAGUUCAGUUCUUAUAAUUGAAAACAUUCACUUAACAGCAUUGUUUACUUACUUAACAGCUUUAUUGUUUUACUCUACAAAACGAGUAAAGUACUAAUGAGGUUCAAGGAGUGAGAGAAAAGAAGUAAAAUUGUAAUACUUCGAACAUCAACUUAUCGGCUGUUAAGACUAAUUUAAUUGAAUAAACAAUGAGUGAGUGGUUAUACAAUACAUCUUUGUAUCACAAUCAGUGGCUAUGAAAAUUUAUAAACAAAAACAUAAACUCCCUUGGAAGUCCUUGAAACUCUCUUGGAAAAACAUAAACUGAAUGGAGAGUCCUGAGUAGCCUAGUGAUUUUUGGUAAUUAAGAAACAGUUGUAGGUAAAGUAGUGUACGCUUAGUCUUAACGACACUUGUGGAAGUUGUAAAGGCACUCACCAAGGCUCGUACCUUAAAUUAGGUCGUUGUGUCGUUGAAACUAUCCUUAUGCAAACGUUGUGUAAACUACCAUAUUGUAAUUUUUCAAUAUUGUAAUGCAACAAAAACAUUAUUAAUAAAAAUUUUUACAUUAUAAUUAUAAAAAAAUAUUUGUUUGUAAUUGUUGUUCAAAUGUUAAACAACAAAUCACUUGACAUUAUUAAAACAUUAUAAAUUUCUAUGGUAAGAUUUUUGAAUGAAUACCUAAGCAAUCAUAAAAAUGUUAUCAUAGUCAUUGUGUGAUGAAGCUUACUUACUAAUAAUUAGUAAAUAUAACUAUAAAAAAGGCUAUGUUUGAGCUUAUAAAAUGAUAGCCUAAAUGUUUUUAGUGUCCUUUUAUUAUGACUUGAGACCAUAGUUUUUUUUUUAUCAUACCAAGUAAAAAUGUUAUGUUAAGGUUUGAAAUAAUAUUUUCAACAAUUUUUCCUGUUUGGGUUACAAUCUUUUGAUGUUAGGCCGUGUGUUGAUUGUAGUAAUAGCUUGGUAAAAUAUAUUUAUUUUUUAUUGGAA